CGGCUGGCUUGGCGGUAAGAAGAAACAGGCAAGUGGCGCUAGCGGGAAUUAACAAGUCCCAAACGCGAGUGUGUCCCACGCUCCACAUCAUCGCUUCGCUUUGUAUUGCUGUCAACAACGCUGCUGAGUCGAGUCUCACUCUUCACUCUCUCUCUCCUCCCAAUCCCAAUCACAGUCCCACACACAACCGUUUCUUCCCUAUUUCACUAUUUCUACUUCCUAUAGCUCAUUUCAGUUCUCAAUUGAACCAUAGAACUUCAAUUCAUGAUGAAGGAAUCAACAACAGAAGCAGACCCAAUAACUAUUUGUCUGAACCUCACCAAUUCACUCAUAGAAAACGAAAUCCCCACCGUCCAUCACUUAAAAACCAAAUGGUCAAUCUUCGGAGUCAAACUAACCCAACUCCAAACCCACCUCACCGAUUUCUCCACCGAAUAUUCCAAAUCCUCCACCACCAACCCACUCUCCCUUCACCUCCUCCACUCCGUCCUCCAAACCCUCAACGACGCCGUUUCACUCUCUCACCACUGUCAAUCCCAAAUUUUACCCCACGGUAAACUCCAAACUCAAAGCCAAAUCGAUUCACUCAUCGCCACUCUCCACCGCCACGUCACUGACUGCGAUGUUCUUUUCCGUAGCGGCCUCCUCCUCGAAACCCCCGCUUUCUCUAAACGUGAAGCCGUUCGAUCUCUAACGAGAAACCUCAUCGCACGGUUGCAAAUCGGCUCACCAGAAUCACGCGCCACCGCAAUCGACUCACUCUUAUCUCUUCUCAAUCAAGACGACAAAAACGUCACCAUAGCCGUCGCACAGGGUGUCGUUCCGGUUCUGGUUCGGUUACUCGAUUCCAGCUCUGAUAUGAAGGAGAAAACAGUUGCUGCUAUUUCGAGAGUUUCGACGGUGGAGAGUGGGAAGAAUAAUUUACUUGCGGAGGGUUUGUUGUUGUUGAAUCAUUUGGUUAGGGUUUUGGAUUCGGGAAGUGGUUUAGCGAUAGAGAAAGCUUGUAUUGCGCUUCAGGCGUUGAGUUUGAGUAGAGAUAAUGCUAGAGCGAUUGGAUCUAGAGGUGGAAUUUCGUCUCUGUUAGGGAUUUGUCAAGGUGGAACGCCAGGUUCGCAAGGUUAUGCGGCCGCGGUUUUGAGGAAUCUGGCAAAAUUUAAUGAAAUUAAGGAGAAUUUUGUGGAGGAGAAUGCGGUUAUUGUUUUGUUAGGGCUGGCUUCGUCUGGGACGGGGUUGGCGCGAGAGAAUGCCAUUGGUUGUGUGGCGAAUUUGAUUUCGGAGGAUGAGAGUAUGAGGGUUUUGGCUGUGAAGGAAGGUGGUGUCGAGUGUUUGAAGAAUUACUGGGAUUCGGUUACGAUGAUUCAGAGUCUUGAAGUUGGUGUUGAAAUGUUGAGGUAUUUGGCUAUGACUGGUCCAAUUGAUGAGGUUUUAGUUGGUGAAGGGUUUGUUGGGAGGGUGAUUGGAGUGUUGGAUUGUGAUGUUUUAACGGUGAGGAUUGCGGCCGCGAGGGCUGUUUAUGCUAUGGGUUUGAAUGGUGGAAAUAAGACGAGAAAGGAAAUGGGGGAAUGUGGGUGUGUUCCUUCUUUGAUUAAGAUGUUGGAUGGGAAAGGUGUGGAGGAGAAAGAAUCUGCUGCAAUGGCGUUGUCGGUGUUGUUGCAGCACCCUUUCAAUAGGAGGGUCUUUAGAAAGGAUGAGAGGGGAAUAGUGAGUGCAGUUCAUCUAUUGAACCCUGCUUUGGUUAAUUUGGAUAAGAAAUACCCUGUUUCGGUUCUGGUUUCACUUUUGCAUUCGAAGACUUGUCGGAAACAAAUGGUGGCUGCUGGGGCUUGUGUAUAUAUGCAGAAGCUUGUUGAGUUGGAUGUUCCGGGUUCAAAGAAAUUGUUAGAUGGACUUGGUCGUGGUAAGAUUUGGGGAGUUUUUGCAAGACCCUAGAGAUCAGAUUGAUCCACAUUGAGCUAAAUCAUGGUACAGGAACAAUAACAAUCGAUGAUUUUUCACUGAAUCUGUAUGUAUGAUAUUAUAGGUGUGUUCAGUUUUUUGUUUUCUUUAUUUUCCCUUUUUUUCUUGUAAUUACUAAUAAUUUAUGCUUAUUUCUCCUGUAUGUGGAGGUGAGUUUUGUCAAAUUAUUUAAUGGGAAUUUGUGUUUAUGUUUAGGAACAUCACAGAGUAGAUGACUCUGCAUUGUACUAGACUAGUAUAGUUCAUAGUUAAUUUAUUGCAUAGAUGAUUUUGAUA